AUGGCGAAAACGACAGCAGUACGAAAGUAUGGGAGGACCACACGGAAACCGACGGCCGACAUUCUCUUUGCCCAGCUGCCCAGAUCUCCCCUCAAGUCAGAAACUAAGGGGAUUCCUGAGCCUGUGCAGGAGUCGUAUGACAGUGCACGGGAAUCAGGCAGGCAUGAGAGGGCCGACGCAGUCGAGCCUAGGCCCGACACACUCGAGUCAAGGCCGCCUCAAAAUACCGCCAGAUUCCGCACCCAAUUGGGGAGCCCGGCAGAGCCAGAAGUUGUCCCCGAGCGCGCUCUAUGCACCAUUGGAUGGACCGGCGUCUACGCCACGGUGGCGACGACGGGAUUGAAAAGAUUGCUGAGGCUUCCUUCGCCGGAGUCGCCUAUCAAGCCGCAAACCAAAGCCCAGGUACGGUCUGGCCUGGUGGACGAGGAGCCGCAUUCGGAAGAGGACAUCCAAGGCGAGCUCCGGAUAUCAGAGUGGCUCGCCGACAUACCCGGCUUUGUGGUGUACAAGGAGCGGUACGUGGUGCAGGGAAAGGCACCCAAGGCGCUGCUCGAGACGCACCAGGCCUUCCACCGCCGGACGAAGCGAAAGGACCCGGAUCGCCUGCAGUUUUACCCGUCGCCGAGUCGAUACUUGGACGAAACCCGGUUCCUGGUCGUGGAGCUUGGCGAUGCCGGGAUGGCUCUGGAGGACUUUGAGUUGACCUCCAUCAGCCAGGUGUGGGACAUAUUCCUGCACACGGCCCUAGCCCUAGCCCGAGCGGAGCGUCUGAUUGAGUUUGAGGUUAGCUCCCCCACCCUUCAGACUCCCCUCACCUGGAACGCAUUGAUCCUAAAACUGCCCCAGCACCGCGACCUACACGAGGGCAACCUCUGCGUCCGACAAGUCCGGCCGCCCACCACAAAACCCGCCGACAGCACCAACCCCCGCCAGUUCGGCUACUCGGGCCUCGACGUCACCCUCCUCGACUACGGCCUCUCGCGAGCCAGCGACCCGGACUCCCCUCUCCCCGGCCCGGCAACCCCAACAAAACAACCGCCGGCCGCCACCCCCACCGUCUUCGCCGACCUCGAAGAGGACCUCACUCUCUUCGAGUCCACCCACGCCCCGCAUUAG